UACUCUAAGACUGAUUUCUAAAGGUACGGUUUUCACCCCACUUCAUCAACGCACAUAAGUUUUCUCCUUUUUGGACCUCUAUUUUAUACCACAAUGCAACAAGCUUUAGAACUAGCUUUGGAUCGUGCGGAGUAUGUCAUUGAAAGUGCCCGACAGAGACCUCCUAAAAGGAAAUACCUAUCUAGUGGAAGAAAAUCAAUAUUUCAAAAACUUUAUGAUUUAUAUAUUGAAGAAUGCGAAAAAGAGCCUGAGGUUAAGAAAUUAAGAAGAAAUGUGAACUUGUUAGAGAAGCUUGUUAUGCAGGAGACAUUGUCAUGUUUAGUGGUCAACCUAUACCCAGGAAAUGAGGGAUAUUCUCUGAUGCUCAGGGGAAAAAAUGGAUCAGAUUCUGAGACCAUUCGACUGCCUUAUGAAGAAGGGGAAUUACUUGAAUACUUGGAUGCAGAAGAAUUACCUCCUAUUUUGGUUGAUCUCCUAGAAAAAUCUCAGGUUAAUAUUUUUCACUGUGGAUGUGUCAUAGCAGAAAUACGUGACUACAGGCAGUCCAGUAACAUGAAAUCUCCUGGUUACCAAAGUAGGCACAUUCUCUUACGUCCAACAAUGCAGACUUUAAUCUGUGAUGUACAUUCGAUAACAAGUGAUAACCAUAAAUGGACCCAGGAAGACAAACUUUUGCUUGAGAGCCAACUGAUUCUAGCUACAGCUGAACCACUGUGUCUUGAUCCUUCUAUAGCUGUAACCUGCACUGCAAACAGGCUGCUCUAUAACAAGCAAAAGAUGAACACGCGCCCAAUGAAACGGUGUUUCAAGAGAUAUUCCAGGUCCUCUCUGAAUCGGCAGCAGGAUCUGUCUCAUUGUCCACCUCCUCCUCAGCUAAAAUUACUUGAUUUCUUACAAAAAAGAAAGGAAAGAAAAGCAGGUCAGCAUUAUGACCUCAAAAUUUCUAAAGCAGGAAACUGUGUGGAUAUGUGGAAACGGAGUCCCUGUAAUUUGGCCAUACCUUCUGAAGUGGAUGUGGAAAAAUAUGCCAAAGUGGAAAAAUCUAUCAAAUCUGAUGACUCUCAACCAACAGUCUGGCCAGCCCAUGAUGUAAAAGAUGACUAUAUAUUUGAAUGUGAAGCUGGUAAUCCAUAUCAGAAAACAAAGCUGACCAUUUUGCAGUCACUUGGUGAUCCACUUUACUAUGGUAAAAUACAGCCAUGUAAAGAAGAUGAAGAGAGUGACAGUCAGAUGUCUCCGUCCCACUUCUCCACAGAUGAUCAUUCAAAUUGGUUCAUUAUUGGAUCAAAGACUGAUGCUGAGAGAGUAGUCAGUCAGUACCAGGAACUGGUCCAAAACGAAGCCAAGUGUCCAGUGAAGAUGUCGCAUAGCUCCAGUGGCUCAGCGAGCUUGAGUCAGCCUUCUCCAGGGAAGGAAACAGAACAGCCUGAGGCCCUGUCCGUUCAGUCUUCAGUAUUGGGGAAGGGAGUAAAACAUCGACCUCCACCCAUCAAACUUCCCUCAAGCUCAGGAAAUAGUUCCUCAGGUAACUAUUUUACACCACAGCAGGUCAGCAGCUUUCUUAAAUCUCCAACACCUCCUCCUGCUUCUAAGCCACCAAGUCUUUCUCGGAAGUCAUCCAUGGAUCUCAAUCAAGUUAGCAUGCUUUCUCCAGCUGCCCUGUCACCUGCCAGUUCAUCACAAAGAUCUGGAACUCCUAAGCCAUCUACUCCUACACCAACCCCUUCAUCGACCCCACACCCUCCUGAUGCUCAGAGCUCAACUCCUAUUACCCCUUCAGCUACCCCUACUCCCCAAGAUUCAGGCUUCACCCCUCAGCCCACUUUGUUAACUCAGUUUGCUCAGCAGCAAAGGUCUCUGAGCCAGGCAAUGCCUGUAAUGACCAUUCCUCUUUCCACCAUGGUAACAUCUAUAACUACAGGAACCACGGCCACCCAAGUCAUGGCAAACUCUGCUGGACUUAACUUCAUCAAUGUAGUGGGCUCUGUUUGUGGAGCUCAAGCUUUGAUGAGUGGUUCAAACCCUAUGCUGGGCUGUAACACUGGUGCCAUAACUCCUGCAGGAAUAAACUUGAGUGGGCUUCUACCCUCAGGAGGUCUGCUACCAAAUGCAUUGCCCAGUGCAAUGCAGGCAGCUUCUCAAGCAGGUGUUCCAUUUGGUUUAAAAAAUACUUCAAGUCUCAGGCCCUUAAACCUACUCCAGCUUCCAGGUGGCUCGCUCAUUUUUAACACACUGCAACAGCAGCAGCAGCUUUCUCAGUUUACACCACAGCAACCUCAGCAGCCCACAACUUCUGUUCCUCAACAGCCAGGGGAGCAGGGUUCUGAACAAAGUUGUACCAGUCAAGAACAGGCCUUAUCUGCUCAGCACACUGCAGUUAUUAACCUUGCUGGCGUAGGAAGUUAUAUGCAUUCACAGGCAGCUGCAGUUGCGGUUCUUGCAGCAUCAAAUGGCUAUGGCGGCAGCAGCAGCAGCACAGACAGCUCAGCUACAUCGUCAUCGGCAUACAGGCAGCCAGUCAAAAAGUAAAAUGAAGAGAGGCACGCCAACCACUCCAAAAUUCUGAGUCUUGCAUUAUUAUUUAAAAAAAAAAAACGUAAGAGCAUUGAAUCAAAAGGAUUCUGAGUUUCUACUUCGUUUUUGUUUUUUAACAUGUCAGUAUUUUACAUUGCUAGAUAUACAAACUUUAUACAGAAGCACAACCCUAUGAUUUUUAAAUAAAAACAGGGAAAUGGUUUAACGAACCAUUAGGGUGGGUUUGCCUAAGUCAUUGCUUUUUAAAAAUGGUUUCACUGUACAUAAUACAGAAGUGACCUAAGAAAUACUAGAAACAUCUUUCAGAAGAAUGUAGUUUGAUAUUUAUUUAGUAUAAAAGGUUUGUGCACAGUGUAACAAAUACAGUUUUUACAAAUCUGUUUUGAAAA